ACACUCUAUUUCACUUACAUUUAUAAAUUUCUCUUCAAAGGAGUACUGUUGCCUCACAGCUGUAAGCACUUUCUCCUUUCAGGUGUGUAGGGAGUAUUCCCUGGGGACACUGAUUUUCCACCCACAUUCCAAGAUGUGCAGAUUGGAUUAAUUUGAGAUUCUAAAUUGGGCUCCAUGGCUCCAUUAAACACUACUGAUGUCAACUCCACAGCUCUCAAUAACACCAUUUUAAUGAAGAGGAUUUUGCCAACACUGUAUCUUUUUCUUUUCUGUGGGGCAAUUGUCUUAAACUCAUUGGCUGCUUGGAUUUUCUUCAGAAUUUCCAAUCAGUCUAGUUUUACUAUCUACCUCAAGAACAUGGUUGCCGCUGAUAUUUUCAUGACACUCUCCUUUCCUUUUAAGAUCAUAAGUGACUUUGGUCUUGGGAACUGGCAACUCAGCGUCAUUGUAUGUCGUUACUCUGCUGUUGUUUUCUACUUAAACAUGUACAUUGGAAUAAUUUUCCUGGCAUUAAUAAGCUUGGAGCGCUUUAUAAAAGUGGUCAGAAAUUCGGGUAACUCGUUUAUUCAGAGUGUCACUAUCUCAAAAUCCCUAUCAGCAGGAAUAUGGCUCAUGAUGCUCAUUCUUCUUGUGCCAAACAGUAUUUUAACAAAUGAAAUUCCAACAGAAGAAACUUCUAAACACUGUUUUAAACUAAAGAGUAGUCUUGGAAUGAAAUGGCAUAAGGUUUCUACCUAUUUCUGCAUAAUCAUCUUUUGGGUUUCUUUCAUCGUUCUGUUAUUUUGUUAUACAUCCAUUGCAGUAAAAAUCUAUAAAUCCUACAAAAAGUGCAGCCGAGAUAACUCAGUCACAAGGAGAAAAUUCAAUCGAAACAUUUUUAGUGUUUUGAUCGUGUUCAUUAUUUGCUUUGUCCCCUACCACGUGUGCAGGAUUCCUUACACAUUAAGUCAAACUGGCAUCUCAUUCAGCUAUCAAGGCCAGCUCCUGUUGUUUCAUUUCAAAGAAGGCACUCUGUUUUUAUCUGCGAUGAAUGUGUGUCUUGAUCCUAUGAUUUACUUUCUCUUGUGCAAAACAUUUCGACGAUUACUGAUGCAAAUGUUUUCCAAAACUGAAGCUGAUGUAAGUAACAGGACACCUUGCUCUCCAAACAGUGAAAGCAUACUCUAGGAAUUACUGAGCCUGGACAAUUCAGGGCGGACGGCAGAAGGUCUUUAAGAAUUCAUCUCUCCUGAUUGUCUUGAGAGAAGUUUGGAACCUCACAUUUGAACUCAGAGCAUCAUGUCCUGUUGAUACCCUUCCAGUGGCGCAGGAGCAGUGAUCUUGUCUGCUCAAAUGUCCAUCAGGCACAAGGCCGAAAACUUGAGGGUGUGUCAGCCACUUACACUCACCAGUUAACCUGGCAUGGGUGUCUUUGGGAUGGAAGUAUUCACACAAUUUGAACUUAAUUUAAACUCAGACUCUGGGGUUGUAAAGCAGUAGUGGGAAAUAACUUUCUCAAAAGUGGUAGUGAUAAUUAACUACAGUUCAUUGUACCAUGUAUAGAAGAUGGCAUUACACCCACACCCACAUUCCUUACCUUGAAUGAGUCAGACAUAGCAACUCUGAUAGAACAUUCUUCCUACAGAAGAAAUUGAAAAUUCAUAAAUGAAUACUAUAUGCCAAUUAAUUUAAUUUGUUUACAAAAUGUAAUACUUUAAUUAUUAAUUUAAAAAAUUUGGAUAGAUUUGAUUUAAAGAAAAAAUCUUGGAAGGAUGAAUGGAUGAUGCCUUCCAUAUUCAUUAGACACCCAGUUUACCUGUGCAAUGAAACAUGUUAAGAUUGGGGCAUUCAAGGAAGAAAAGCAAAUACAACAAUGUAAGAAGGGUACAAUUAUACAAUAUAGUUUGUCAUAAACCUUGAAAAUUGGAAUGAUUUAUGAAUUUAGCAGUGGCCAUUUAACAGUUAAGACUGUCAUUAAUACAUGGCUAGAUAAAAGCAGUUUACCAAUAUAUUGUAUCUACUGAGGUCAAUUCAUUGUCAAACAAUUCAGGGGUUUGGGAGGCAGAGCCAUUGUAGAAGCAAACCCCAGCCUUAGACAUGCUAACAGUUCAUCUCAGGGAUCAAAUAUGCACACAAUGACCAGUUCACCUAAUCUGUACAUCUCAGGGGAUGUGGGUGGAGCACAGGACUAACAAGAAAAAAAUCCAUGCAUCAUAUGGGAAGAACGUACAAAUACCACAUGGACAUUGAUCGAGAUGCAGGGUAAUCCAGGACAUCAGAUCUGUAAGACAACAGUGCUAUCUGCAGUAUUUAGCAUCAAACCUUUGAUUAUUGUUUGUUAAGCAACCCAAAUGCCUUGUGCUUGUGUCUAGUUUAAGUAAUAUUUUAUUGCUGUUUGAAUUUGCUGCUGCCCUAAUAAUGUAUUUUCAAAGCAGCCAAUGUAAGGCUCCUGCGUUAAACUUCAUGUAAAUAUCACACUGCAGCUACCUCACUUAAUGAAGAGUCAUGUAAACAAAUAAGAAUCAAAAAUAAGGCAUUGGAUGUCCAUUCAGAUAUCAAUUAUCAAUUUUGUUUAAUCCUAUAUAAGGUCACAGAGGGUGACUGGCAUUUUAAAAAAGAAAUUUCCUAAAAUCAUUUUGAUUGUCCACCAACACUUUUGCUGUACUGGUGUAUUGGUACAGUAUAUGAGACAUUAACUUUGAGGAUAUGGUAAAAUGUUUUGAAAUAUUGUAAGAAGUUUUAACAUAUAGCCUCUUCAAAACAAAUGUCAACCUCAGCCCCUUC